AUGUCUGCCUCCGACGCAACCCAAAUCACUGAGUCCAUGGACAACUUGAACAUCGACUCUACCGCUCCUUCCACCCAGCCAGAGAACACCGCUUCUGAAGGUGCUGCUCAGGGUGAGGGCGAUUCUGUGGCCGACACUUCUGCUUCCUUGUAUGUGGGAGAGUUGAACCCUAGCGUGUCUGAGGCUGCUUUGUUCGAACUUUUCUCUCCAUUGGGACAGGUUUCUUCGAUCAGAGUUUGCCGUGACGCCGUGACCAAGAAGUCCUUGGGUUACGCUUACGUCAACUACCACAAGCACGAGGAUGGUGAGACUGCUUUGGAGGAGUUGAACUACUCUCCUAUUGAGGGUAGACCAUGCCGUAUCAUGUGGUCUCAGAGAGACCCAUCUUUGAGAAGAAACGGUGAUGGUAACAUCUACAUUAAGAACUUGCACCCUGACAUUGACAACAAGGCCUUGCACGACACUUUCUCUGCUUUCGGCCACGUCUUGUCCUGUAAGGUUGCUACUGACGAGGCUGGCAACUCCAAGGGUUUUGGUUUUGUCCACUACGAGACCGCCGAGUCUGCCGAGUCUGCUAUUGACAGCGUCAACGGUAUGUCUUUGAACGACCGUGAGGUGUACGUCGGUAAGCACGUUUCCAAGAAGGACCGUGAGUCCAAGUUCGAGGAGUUGAAGGCUAACUUCACCAACGUGUUCGUCAAGAACUUUGGCCCAGAGUACUCUGAGGACGAGUUGACCAAGUUGUUCUCUCCUUACGGUCAAAUCACUUCUCUCCACUUUGAGAAGGACCACGAGGGUAAGUCUAAGGGCUUUGGUUUCGUCAACUUUGAGUCUCACGAGUCUGCUGUUAAGGCCGUCGAUGAGUUGAACGACCAGGAGAUCAACGGCCAGAAGAUCUACGUCGGCAGAGCUCAGAAGAAGAGAGAGAGAAUCGAGGAGUUGAAGAAGCAGUACGAGUCCACCAGAUUGGAGAAGUUGUCCAAGUACCAGGGCGUUAACUUGUUCGUCAAGAACUUGGACGACACCGUCACCUCCGAGCAGUUGGAGGAGGAGUUCAAGCCUUUCGGUACCAUCACCUCUGCCAAGGUUAUGGUUGACGAGACUGGCAAGUCUAAGGGCUUCGGUUUCGUUUGCUUCUCCACCCCAGAGGAGGCCACCAAGGCUAUCACCGAGAUGAACCAGCGUAUGGUUGUCGGUAAGCCAUUGUACGUCGCUCUUGCCCAGCGUAAGGAGGUCAGACGUUCUCAGUUGGAGCAGCAGAUUCACGCUCGUAACCAGAUGAGAAUGCAGAAUGCUGCUGCCGGCGGUAUGCCAGGCCAGUUCAUGCCACCAAUGUUCUACGGUCAACAGCCAGGUUUCUUCCCAGGUAACGGUAGAGGCGGCAACGGUCCAUUCCCACCAAACCCUCAGAUGAUGAUGCCAAGAGGCCAGAUGCCUCCACCACAGGGUCAGUGGCCAAGAGCUGGUCCAAACGGCCAGCCAGUCCCAAUGUACGGCAUGCCACCAAUGUACGGUGGUGAGUUCCAGGGUCCUAACGGUCGCCAACAGAGAGGUGGUUUCCCACCACACCGUGGCCAGAAGGGUGGCCCAACCAAGGCCAGAGACUUGGCUGCCAUCAUUGCCAACGCUCCUGCUGAGCAGCAGAAGAGAAUCUUGGGUGAGGAAUUGUACCCUAAGAUUGUUUCUACUGGUAAGGCUGACGAGCCAGAGGCUGCUGGUAAGAUUACCGGUAUGAUGUUGGAUUUGGAGAACCAGGAGAUCUUGGCUUUGUUGGAGGACGACGAGUUGUUCGGCACCCACUUUGAGGAUGCCUUGACUGCCUACGAGGACUACAAGAAGUCUUCUGAGGAGGCCACCACCGAGGCUUAA